GCAAAGUUAAAAUUUAUUUUUAAAAGCCAAUCAGAAUGUAAUUCUGGCCUGUAUAGGGUUAAAUUUAGCCUAAUGCUGACCUAAGGUUCGUCAUUGCAAUUUAAAUCUAUGGUAAUUAUUUAUCUUGACUCUUGUAAUAAUAAAAAUAAUCAUUUAUCUUAACUUUUGUAAUAAUAACAAUAAUUUGAUACUCGUAAAAUUUGCAGUACAUAAAUAUUCAAAAAUGGCAAACGCUACCCCUAUGAUUGUUUUGGUUAUAACUUUCUUGGCUCUACUUGUGGCACUGGCUGGAAUUUCUGCAGGAGCUGCUGGAUAUUCCUGGUGGAAGACUGAAACACCAAUAGAAGAGGAAAUAGGUUUGUGGCGUACAUGCACCGAAAAAACAAAUUGUUAUAACAGAGAAGAAAUAUUGGAAUUUAGUGACAAGAACAAAGAAAAAGACAUAACCCUUACACUUCUUCUGUGUGGAGGUUUGUUUGCUGUUCUGGCGACAUGGAGUGCUUUAUGUCUGUGUUGCUGCAAAGGCAGUUAUAGUGGAUGGAUAUGUGGAUCAGUAUUGGUACUCAACUUUUCAUUUAUAGCAGCUGCUGCAAAUUUCGGUGCCGUAAUAUACGCUGAAAUAGAAUUUAAAGACACUUGGAAUACUUCCGAUCAUGGAUGGUCUGCUAUUUCAGCUUGGAUUGGCGCAGCAAUGUGCUUUUUUGCUUUUGUGAUGGGUAUUGUGUUAACGUGUUUAUCGCCAACUAACCGAAGACCUACAUCAUAUAGACAUAACUUGGAAGGACCUUAUUACAACCAAGGUAUGCAGAUGAAUGAACAAGGUUACCAACAAAAAUAAAAAUGCAUACCUAUGCAUUUUUAAGCGUGUUUAAAAGACAUUAGAUUUUUAGAAAGUUGAAUAUUUAUUUCUAUCAUGCCCAAAUGAUGAUUAACAUAAAUUUUUUUGUCAGAUGGCACUCGUUUGCUCGUCCCGGGAUAUUUUUAUGUUAAUCAAUUCACCUUGUACAGGUCUAAAAUUACUGAUGACGGAAAAUGUUUGCUAUUACUUAAAUAUGACAUCAUAAUUUAUGUAGCAUAAUUAAAUCUGAAAUUUUUUAAAUGUGAAUAACUUGAAAAAAAGAGUUUUUUAAAAAAAUUUAAGAAGACUUGUUAACCAACUUUUAAGCUCUAUCAUAUAAGUUCAACAUCAUUUUAUACCUCGGGUUCCUUUAACUUAAGAUUUUGUCAACAAAAAUCUUAAAAUUUCAUCUCGAAAACGAUUGAGACCUUGCAGUUGUUUCAUCAGCAAACAUGGAGAAACACCAGAAAAGAUACAAAUAGGGCAAGUGUGUUACAAAAGAUAAUACAAGAAAACCGUCCAGUUUGAUUACACAUUCGUAUUGUACACAUACUUUAUACUUAAAUAUUGUAUUGAUUAUGUUUAUAUAUCUUGUAUCUAUGGCAACGUUCUUGUUUAUAUAGACCUGUUGUAUAAUUUUUAUUUUACUUAAAAAUGGGUGUAUGACACCCGAAAACGUCGUAAAAUGUUGUUUUAAUUUGUACACAUGGAUGUCCAAGUUUUAACAUAAAAUAUUGUCAAUCGAAUUUCUAAUGUCUCAUGUAAAAACAACAAGAACUGAAGCGGCUUGAACACUCACACAACAAUAUGGUGAUAAAUAAUUAAAAUGUAUUCAUUCAAAUAUAAAAUAUACAAUAAUAAAAUUUGGUAUAAAAUAUUAAGGCACAAACUUAGAGAAAGAGAUGAUGAUAAAUUGAAUCAUAUUAAAAGUUAUGACUAUUUUUCGAUAACUGAGAUAUGGCUGGAGUGCACACAACUCGAGUCAAUUUCAAACAUUAUAACAUUGUCAACAUACAGUAAAUCAAAACAAUCAUUUCAAAACAAUGAACACCCUCAUUUGAUGCGAGAUAUCUCGAAAUUCGAAUAGAAUAUAUAUCUACUGGUUUCAUUAUUUUGGGUUUAGUAUAUAAAGAUACAUGAUAAUAAGAAAACAACAACAAAAAACGCUGCUAUACGCAAAAAAACAAUACAUAAACAAAAAAUUUUGGUCAAUAUAGCGCGCUAUUUGUGGUGGCCUUGAUUUUGAUACUAUUUGCACCCUUUUCAACUUUUCGUUACCACCAUGACAGUACGCAGCCCAUACCAAAUCACACAUUUCUACGAAUGUGUGAAAUAAUAAAAGAAAUUCAUUUUUUCCCAAAAAGAAUUUAGAUAUAAACACAUAGUUUUAGCUUGUUUUAUUAUGUUAUUUUUUUUUUCUUAUCGUUAUUUUAACUGUAUUUUGUACUGUAUUAAUGUAUUUCAAGGCAUGUUGGAUAUUAAAAAUAUAUAAAUAUUCUGGUGUGCUAUAAGUAUUUAAUUAGCACAAGUUGAUAAAUUUCAGUAGUAAUUAAAUGAUGAAUCAAAAGAUGAGCAAUAUAACAAGAAAUUAUCCUUUUGAUUUCUAACUGUUUUUUUAUUGUUAGCUAAUAUUUUGUUUACGUUGGCAGGGCUGAAAUACUUUAAUAAUUUUUUGCAAUAGAUAACAAUAAGUUAAAAAAUUAUUGGAAUAGAUGUUUAAUGUCGAAGAACAUACUUUCAAAAUAAAUGUCCACAACACGAAAA